AUGCCUCUUCAAAAGUCCUUCUCUGAGACCAAUCAUUCUGGAAAAGAGAAUAAUUCACGGCCACAAUGGCAGAGAAAUAAGAAUUAUGAAAGCCCACAGCAAAAGCAAAAGCCCAAAGUUCCCGCAAAACCACUCGCAGAAAAGCCACCCAUUCCUGUCUCAACCACUACUAAGAAUAUACUCAACAAUUUUCAAUACCGAGAACAAACCGGGAAGAAGGAUGAUGCGAAAGAAGUUAUAAAUUUGGUGUCAUCGGAGGCAGAUAGCCGGACCGCCACACCAUCGAAGAAGAGGCGACAAAGUUCAUCAAAAGAUGGAAAGACUUCUGUAGAAGAAGAUGUCUCCCUUGAGGAGCCUGCAGAUGCACCUUCCACCCCAUCAAUGGGGUUUGAUCCCACACAAAACACCGAUUUCAAACGACCAUUCAAAGCAAUAUCACCUGACGAUCGUAUAAUUUGGGAUACAAACAAAGAUAGUCAACAGUUACCUGACCCGCGAACUAGCAAUCUGGGAAAGAGAAAGAGAGGCGAUGUCGAGUUUCAUAGAGCACAGAGUUCUUCACCUAUAUUGGGUCGCUCAUCGCAAGCAGAUUCACGACCACGACCGGGGCCGGAGGUUGAAGUGUGGAUGAGAGUAACUCAGAAGGACCAUAAACUUUCGCGGAUUAUGGACAAUGCGUCUCCGCAAUCAUUGAAAGAUGGCAAUGCACUUAGAGGAUUGACUCGAUCAAGGAGUCUUGGUAAUCCAUUAAAUCCAAAGAGACAUCAACCGAAUAGGAUAGGAAAAAAUAGAGAUAUUGAUACCCCUGGUUUGAUGAGGCGACUGCAGGAAGAUUAUAAGCCAAAGGAUUUUUCUAGUGGUCCUUCGAGCUCAUCACCUCUUCCUAACAAAGGACUAUUUCAUGAAGGAUUGAGCUCUCCAUUAGGGCAAAAGGGAACUGAGAGGAGGACAUCGCCUCUGAAAAGGAGACUUGAACCGCCGUCAUCACCAAUCAGAAAUGCCGACUCCGCUGCUCCUCUGCUGAGCCCAAAGAGACCUUCUACUUCCGAGUCGGAUUAUGGUUCUGAUGAUGGUCUUGAUGAAAUUGGUGGGAUGAUACUUUCGGCUAUCGAGUCGCAAAGUCAAGCUCCUCCUGCUUCGAAGUCACGACCACUACCUCCACUUAAAAAACAUCAACCGCCCACUAAGCCAAAAACUUACUCUACGCAUAAACCUCCAAAUGUCUCGAGAAUCCCCACCACUUCGAAAGUAGUUGAUGACGAUAGUAGCGAUGAAUUUGGCGAGGGCUUGGAUGAUGAUGAUUUUGAUGCUGCUUUUGCUGGAUCAGUUCCAGUAGAUAAUGUAGAGCUUCCACCAUCAAGGCCUAGAGGCGCAGCAGCUAAGGAAGAGUCCGAUGAUGAAUUUGGUGACAAUAUAGACGAUUCAGAUUUUACUGCUGCGGAGAUAGCAGCAACUCAGUCACUUAAGCCAUCGGCAAAUAGCUUAAUGCCUUCUAUGGAAAAAGUUCGCGCAAUUCAAAGAUAUCUUGUCACUAUGAUAGACAAUAAUCAAUAUGAAGGUGUUAAUGGUAGAUUGCAACCAGAAAAGAUACUUUUUCUUCAACCUGAGCGUUCCAAAGUUAAAAGAAUGGUUCACCUCCGAGGCACGUGGAUUGAUACUCCUGUGACUAUGAAAGCCUUUGUUCAUAUCAUUGGCAAAUUCGACUCGCAGGGAAUCUGCAUCAUAGAUGAUAACUCUGGUUUGAUCAUUCUUCAUCCGGAUCAUCUUAUCUCUGCGCUUGUUGUAGCAGAUUCUUUUGGAUGUACUCGUCGUGCUGUUCUCCAAGAUAGAGUCAAAGCUACUGGUGAAGCAUCUCCAGCGAUGCUUUAUGGAACGAUUCUUCAUGAAAUUUUUCAGGCUGCAAUGCUUGCUAAUCGAUGGGACACAAGGUUUUUAGGUGAGCUCAUUGACAAGCUUGCUCAGAGACAUCUUGAGGAUUUGUAUGUAAUCAAGGUUGAAAUACCCCAGGCUGUGGAAUAUCUACAUAGUAAGAUGGGAGAAUUACAAGCAUGGGCGGAAUUGUUUGUGUCAUCUCAACCGAAACCUGAAGCUCUAGUAAAAGCUAGCAAUGGUGAUAGCGUGGCUAUGUGUGUCAGCAACCUCCUCGAUGUUGAAGAGCACGUCUGGUCUCCAAUGUAUGGUUUGAAAGGCAAUAUCGAUGCUACGGUACAGAUCACUAUGAGAGAUGAGAAAGGGGAAAGAACCCUUACUGCACCUCUUGAGGUCAAAACAGGCAAGAAUCCCAGUAUAGCCAACCGAGCGCAAACUGCACUCUACAAUCUCCUCAUAUCUGAUCGAUAUGAUGUUGAAAUCGCUUAUGGUAUUUUGUACUACAUGGAAACGUCAGAGACUAUUAGAAUUCCCGCUAUUCGUCACGAACUUCGCCAUAUGAUCAUGCAGAGGAAUGAACUGGCUUGUUUUGUCCGAGAAAAGAAUGCCCAACUUCCGCCUAUGCUUAAGAAAGAGAAUAUGUGUGGAAGGUGUUAUGCCAAGAAUACAUGCUUCAUUUAUCACAAGCUGGCUGAUGAUGGAAAUGGUGAGACAAGUGGCAUGAAGGAAAAGUUUGAUGAAGUGGUCAAACAUCUUACCCCGAAGCAUAAAGAGUUCUUUCUCAAAUGGGAUGAUCUCCUUACGAAGGAAGAAAAGGAUUCCUUGAAAUUUCGUCGAGAGUUAUGGACUAUGCUUAGCUCGGAACGAGAGAAGCUUGGUCGAUGUUUUUCCAAUGUUGUCAUUGAAGAAGGAUCAGCAUACGAAGACCUCAACAAUGAAAAGAUUAAUCGCUAUCGAUACACUAUGAUCAAACCAAAAAACUCAACAACACCAGGAUUCUCCUUCAUGGAUUCGCAAAUAAUUGUAGGAGAACCAAUCGUCAUCUCAGAUGAAAAAGGUCAUUUUGCCCUCGCCAAAGGUUAUGUUACCAACGUACGGAAAAAUAGGAUCACAGUUGCAGUUGAUCGUCGUUUACAUAAUGCUCGCAUCAGACAACCUGGAUUUGACGAGACUAAUAAUCAGGUUUUCGCUAGUAUUAUGGAAGUGGCAGCUGAAGGGUCCACACCGGCGGAUUCCAUUGGUAAAAUCAAGGAGGACCCAAUUCUUUACAGACUCGAUAAGGAUGAAUUCAGUAAUGGCCUUGCUACCGUUCGAAAUAAUCUCAUUCAAAUAAUGACAGAGGGACCUUUUGGAUCACGAGAAAUUCGAGGUCUGGUCGUCGAUCUUAAUGCUCCUCGUUUCAAACCACAUUCAACACAAUACACACUUAAAGAUCGCUCGUCUAUAAAUGUAGAUCAACGUCGUGCUAUUGAAAAAGUCAUGUCGGCACAAGAUUAUGCGCUUGUACUUGGUAUGCCUGGUACAGGAAAGACUACAACCAUUGCUCAUAUUAUUCGAGCUCUUGUAUCACAGGGAAAAUCGGUUCUUUUGACUUCCUAUACUCAUACAGCUGUGGACAAUAUUCUUCUCAAACUUCGUGAUGACUCGAUUCCUAUCUUGCGUUUAGGUGCGAAAGCGAAAAUUCACCCUGAUGUUCAAGAAUUUGCCAAACUUGCCAUUGAUCCUAAAGAAACUAUGGAAGAGAUUCGAAGUGUCUGGCAUGGUACACCAAUUAUUGCUACUAGUUGUCUCGGUAUUAAUCAUCCUAUUUUCAACGAACGGACAUUCGACUAUUGCAUAGUAGACGAGGCUUCUCAAAUUACACUUCCCGUUUGUGUCGGUCCUAUUCGUCUCGCACGUACAUUCAUUCUUGUUGGAGAUCAUAACCAACUUCCACCAUUAGUCAAAGAUGAAGAAGCCAGAAAAGGUGGUUUAGAUAUUUCUCUCUUCAAAUAUCUCUCCGAUGCUCAUCCUCAAAGCGUUGUCUAUCUCGAACAUCAAUACCGUAUGAAUGCAGAUGUAAUGGCUCUCUCCAAUACACUCAUCUAUAAUGGUCGUCUUAAAUGCGGUAGCGAAUCCGUAGCUACUCGAAAAAUCAUCAUCCCUGAGAUGGAUGCGCUUAAAGCACAUCAUCAUACUCCCAGCAGUAUUCUACAUAGUACUCAGAAAUCCAUCUGUCUCGAACCCAAAAAAGGGAGAUGUUGGUUGAGAGAUCUAUUAGAUCCAGAUGUUACCGUCGCAUUUGUGGACACAGAUGGACUCGGAGAAAUAGCUCGAGAAAGCGAAAAGGGAAAUCGAACAGUCAAUGAUGUGGAAGCUAAAAUCGUCACUCAACUCGUCACUUCUCUCAUAUCCGUCGGUGUCGAUCCUACAGAAAUAGGAGUAAUGACGCAUUAUCGCUCUCAAUUAGCUUUACUAAAAGAUAGUCUCCGUACCGCCAAAGGCGUAGAAAUGCACACGGCAGAUCGCUUUCAAGGAAGAGAUAAAGAAGUUACUAUCCUAAGUUUAGUACGUAGUAACGAAGCGGGAAAUAUAGGUGAAUUGCUCAAAGAUUGGAGGAGAAUAAAUGUAGCAUUUACAAGAGCGAAAACAAAGUUAUUAGUGGUAGGUAGUAGAGGUACUUUGAAAGGAAGCUCAGAGAGGAGGGAAGUUCAGGGUGAGAAGAAGGAAGAGAUGGUUUUUCUUGGGGCAUUUUUGGGAGGGGGGAGGUGGUUUGACGCAGGGGAGUGUGGGAGUGGGGAGUUUGUCGCAGUGGGUUGGGGUGGGGGAUGA